GUCAAUUGUUUUUGACAAGUCUGAUUAUUUUUGUUUAUGUUAUUUUUCGCUUUCCGACAAAUGCGUCAUUGAAAAAAUCUCCUUGACGUUUAAUCCUUGCAAAAAAUACCUUGUAAUUAUUCAUAUAUAUAUUCUUGCAUCUAUAAAUGCCCUCGAAUGAUGCGCUCUUAUCAAACAAAGAACCGAUAAGACCAUCGGCAUAAUCAUUCAUCCGUCAACAAUGAAAAUUCGAUACAUUUGAAUGCGCGCCAAUGGGCGCGCGCCUCUCCCCUCCACCCGAAAACUUCCGGGAGCCAGGGGCGGCGAUUUACAAAUGAAUUUGUUGAGUUCCGUGUCGUUUCGUAUCAGUAUUCCACAGGUUGUCAGCUAUUUCGGGUAGUCUACCCUAGAAUAGAUUUACAAUAGAUUCCCAGAAAUUGUGUCUUCACCCUGAAGUGAAAAAAGCUCCGAAGAUGUUUUUAAAACAGUGAAAUUCCACUCAGACAAUUUUUUUCACUGCAAUCUCAUUAGCAUAAUUGGUCGUCAUGCUUCGAUUUUAUUUUUUCAUAGCUCUUACUAUUCUCCCCUCGUCCAGAGCUGAUGAUCAACAGCUGGGAUCUGUCAUUCUUGCUCAUGUUCUGUUCAGACAUGGGGACCGAACACCGGUGGAUCCUUAUCCUAACGACCCCUGGAGGAAUGAGUCACUCUGGCCUGUGCCCUUUGGACAAUUGACAAAUCUGGGAAAACACCAGCACUUGGAGCUCGGCCGAUGGUUCAGGGCGAGAUACGAUCACAUGUUACCCCGUAAAUAUUCUCCCUACGAUAUUUACGUGAGGAGUACAGAUAUGGAUCGAACAUUAAUGUCGGCAGAGGCAAAUCUCGCAGGACUCUAUCCACCUGUGGCCGAUCAGGUGUGGGAUGAGCUCAAGUGGAUGCCAAUACCCGUGCACACGGUACCUGAGAAACUGGACAAUGUUGUCUCUGGGAAAAAAUACUGCGCCCGGUACAACUAUGAGUAUAAUCGUGUUCUUAAUUCCCCAGAGAUUCAAGGAAUCGUCCAGAAAAAUCAGGAGCUCUUUGAUUAUCUCACGAGAAUGGCAGGGAAGAGGAUAGCCGACCUGGAGCAGCUUAAUUUUCUAUACAACACUUUAUUUAUUGAGGGUCUUUAUAAUAAAAGUUUACCAGUCUGGACCAAAUCUGUUUAUCCUGAUAAGCUAGAACCACUCGCAGCCUUGAGUUUCACGACAAUGGCGUACAAUAAAAUUCUGCAAAGACUUAGAAUGGGGCUGUUAAUGAAAGAAGUGGUUAACCACAUGAGUGAGAAAUCAAAGAACGCUCUCGUACCUGACAGAAAGUUGUUCGUGUAUUCAGCACACGACGACACUGUGGCCAAUCUCCUGAUGACUCUGGGGCUCUUUCAACCCCAUUGUCCCCCCUAUACAGCAACGAUCCUCAUAGAAUUGAGACUGAACUCCAAGAGGCAACACAUUGUCACGAUAUCAUAUAAGAAUUCAUCAGAACCAAUCCUGCUCACCCUGCCAGGCUGCAUUCCAGCCUGUCCUCUUUCCCAAUUCAUCAAAUUGACCAAAGAUGUUAUCCCAGAGGACUGGGACAAGGAGUGCACCAUAAAUUGGGACACAUAUGGCGUUGAUUUCAGUAUUUCUACCAUUUUAGGUAUUAUGACGUUCGCCAUUCUGCUCCUAAUUUUUGUGGUACUCCUCAUCAUCUCGUUCGUAUUUUGGCAUUAUAAACGAGUUCACAAUCAGUAUUAUACCCCUCUCUCCACCGAUCCAAUUUAAUUUCUUAUCAAAUUGGACAAGACAAAUGAGAGGACAAUCUAUGAUGUUAAAUCGAUUUUUGCAUACGUAUAUUCGACCAAGGGGCCCAUGGACUCAUCUACCUCAUGAAGGAUAUCGAGAGUUAUUUCUUAGUCUAUCUCUCUCGAUGCGUACUUGAUAAUAACUGAGAUUCAUCGAAUCAAAGGCCAAAAAUAUUUUUAAAUGAUAAAAACCGUAUUUUUGAGGGAAUUUUAGGGAGGGGGGGGG